AUGUUGCCAUCUCUCGCAAACAGAUCUAUUCAUAAAGUCGCGCUCUCUGGAGCGCGCAGAACGAUAUCCGUCCAGAGUCUCCUCCACGGAUCACCAGAAGCGAAGAAAGCAGGAGAUAUCGAGAUUCAACAGCACUCAAGGAUAGUUGCUAGGGGAAAAUAUGUUCACGGCUUUGAGGUUCAUCGAGUUCAGCCAGGGGCGCUUGACGAGUACAAGGCCGCAGCGGAGAAGUAUUACGCUGGAAUAAAGGAUGAUCCACAGUUGCACGUCAAGCUGACCGGAAGUUGGGAAACCGUAGUGGGACAACAGGACACUUUUGUUCAUAUACUCGAAUACGAGAAUUACGCCGGCUUUGACAAGACCACUGCACUCAUAAGAACGUCAGAUCACGCCAAAGCGUACAAGGCGCUUCUACCUUACGUUACUUCACGGUCAUCUCAGCUCACGCAAGAGUUUGCUUUCUUUCCCACUGCACCACCCCACGCCCAAGGCGGCAUCUUCGAGCUUCGGAGCUACCAGUUAAAACCAGGAACACUACUGGAGUGGGAAAAUGCAUGGCGGAGAGGCAUUGAAGCUCGUCGCAAGUUCGUCGCACCCAUCGGAGCUUGGUUCUCGCAGGUUGGAAGAUUACACCAGGUGAACCACAUGUGGCAAUACCCGAGUCUCGAGGCAAGGAAAGAGUUACGUGAGAAAGCAUGGCAAAUUGACGGUUGGGCGGAGACUGUGUCUAAAACUUCCCAGCUUGCGACGCACAUGGAUUCAUUCAUUCUGCUCCCGCUCUCUUACAGCCCCUUGAAAUGA